AUGUCAAAAAAAUCAAUGAUUUAUAUUUCAGAAGAUAAUAAAUCUCCUUUACAUUGUCAAUGUUUAUUUGCUCGUUAUAUAUUACAUCAAAUAAGUUUAAUAGUUUUUGUUUCGAUUUAUCUUAUAUUUGGAGGUCUAUUUUUUGCAUUUAUUGAAUCUGAAUAUUAUUUAAAAAAAGAUGAUGAACGAAAAGAAAUAAUUAGUGAAACAUAUGAAAAUGUUCGUUCAUUAGCUAUUCAUUUAUUAAAUGAACAAUUGAAUGAAAAUUUUGAAAAUGCGUAUCAACAAUGGAGAUGGGACAAUGAAAAACUAUCAAAUUAUAUUUAUUUAAAUAGUGAACGGGCUAAUAUAUUGGAUAAUCAAACAGAAUUCGAAUUAGAAAAUUUAUCAUUACGCUUAGCUAUGCGACAAGUUGCUGUAGAGAAAUUUGUUUAUAAAUGGACAUAUUCAACAGCAAUACUAUAUGCAGCAACAUUAGUAACAACAAUUGGUUAUGGAAAUAUUUCACCUAAAACAGCAUUGGGAAAAAUUUCUACAGUUAUUUAUGCUUUAAUUGGUAUCCUUUUAGUUGUUUCAUGGCUAAAAUUAGUAGGGAACUCGUUAGCAUUAUUAGUAACACAAUAUUAUCAACGCUUAAGUCGAUGCUUUCGACGACAUUUGAAAGGAAACAAAAUAUUACUACGAGAAAAAGUAGAUGACAAAGUGCCUUUUUGGGUGCCAAUAACUCUUUUAAUUCUUUAUCUUUUGGCUGGUUCUCUUCUGUUUGCUACAUGGGAAGGAUGGUCAUAUAUUGAUAGUGCUUAUUUUUCAUUUAUUACAUUUACUACAAUUGGUUUUGGCGACUUGGUACCAGGUGAAACUACAAUUAGUCAUCGAAAUGGCCGAUCACUUAUCUGUGCUAUGUAUUUACUAUUUGGAGUUAUGCUCACAGCUUUGAGUUUCAAAUUAAUUCAAGAAGACAUUGAUCGAAUUAAAUUACGACUUCUUCAACGCCUCGGCUUUGAGCAUGUGCAUCUACCAUCAAUAAAACGAUGA